AUGGCGCUGGAAGUGGAGGCGGCCGGGGCUCCCCUGAGCUCUUUCCUGAGGGACUUUCCGUCUCCGCUGGGCCCGGGGGAGCCGCUGCCGUGGAGCUCCGCGGGGAGCGGCGCCCUGAGCAAGGCCGAGGUGCCGGGCGCGCUGGCCGAGCGGGCGAGGAGCCUGCUGGGCGGCAGCAGAGGUGUUUCACCACUUCUUGCAGCAUCGUUGAUCCAUGCUGCAGUUGAUGAAGUCCUCCAAACAGACUUGACUGAAUUUGAACAGGAAAGUGUGGAAAUAGAGGGAGAAGGAGAUGAGGAAAGGUUCACCUUGCUGGAUGGAGAGUCGUUGCAGCGCUGCUUCUUUAACAAGCUUCGGGAUGUUUGCUUUGAGUGGCAGAAGCAGUUGCCACCACUGAGACCACUGAAGCGGUUCCUGCUUGUUUCCAUCCAUGCCAUCCGUAAUGCUCGACGGAAAAUGGAGGACCGCCACGUUCUGCUCCCAGAGUUCAAUCAGCUGUUUGGUUUAUCAGAUGACAUUGAUCGCGCUUACUUUGCGGUAUUUGAUGGCCAUGGUGGAGUGGAUGCUGCCAAUUAUUCAGCAACCCAUUUACAUGUAAAUGUCGGGCUACACGAAGAGAUUGUUAAGAAUCCAGCUGAGGCCUUGAAAUGCUCUUUCCAGAAGACAGAUGAAAUGUUUCUUUUCAAAGCCAAAAGAGAGAAGCUGCGGAGUGGUACAACAGGUGUCUCUGCGUUGAUUGUAGGGAACAAGCUACACAUCGCAUGGCUAGGGGACUCACAAGUAAUGCUUGUGCAGCAAGGAAAAGCUGUGACAUUAAUGGAACCUCACAAACCGGAAAGAGAAGAUGAGAGAGCACGUAUUGAGACUCUGGGUGGUUGUGUAACCUAUAUGGACUGCUGGCGGGUUAAUGGUACCUUGGCUGUUUCCAGGGCAAUUGGUGACAUAUGUCAGAAACCCUACAUCUCUGGCGAUGCAGAUGGAGAUUCAUUUGAGCUGACUGGUUCUGAAGAUUACUUGCUCCUAGCCUGUGAUGGAUUCUUUGAUGCUAUCAAGCCAUAUGAGGUUGUAGACUUGGUCCUAGAUCAUUUAAUGCAAACCAAAGGAGUGGGUCUCAAAGCAGCAGAAAGACUGGUUGCUGCUGCAAAGGAAAAUGGAUCCAGUGAUAACAUCACUGUUCUAGUGGUGUUCUUGAGGGAUCCUCAGGACAUUUUGGCAGAUUGUCUCAGAGACCCCAAGAGCCUUGGGGCUGAUGAUGGUGCUCGGAGCUCACCCUUUAAUUUCCUCAGCUGUGAGGCAGCAGCCACACAGUGACAAAAUCUGCUUAAUCCAGAACGUUGAAGUAAGUUCACAAAAGGAACUGCUUUCCACUGAAGAAGCCUCUGAUACAAUAGACAAAACGUGUCAGGGAAAAAAUGACAAAUGGACAAACAUUUAACAGAAAGGCAAGACUCCUUUUACUGAGUUCCUAUUUGUCGUUUCCUUCCUUCCCCCUCCCUUCAAAAAACACUGAGCAGACGUGGAGAUUUGUACAGCUAUUUCGUCUCUGGGAGCAGACUUCUAAAGUGUGUCCCAGGGCUGCUGGUCAUAUCUCUCUGCCCUGGAAGUGUGAAUGUGGUCCAACCUUUGGAGGCCUGCAACACCAAGAGUGUAGAAAGUACCAUGUCAGCUAGGAAGAUAAGAGACUACAACAGCUGUUGUGUCUUUGGCAUUGACCAGUAUUGGAUGUGUAAGAAGAAAAUCCUGUUAUUUGCAUGUUAUUCCAUUAAGCUUAUUCCAGGUAACAGUAGCUCUCAUCCUGAAUACGGCACUUCAGAAAUAUUCGUGUCUCUGUAUUUCCUUGUUCCUGCAGAUUGUUUGUGUUUUCAAACAUUUGCACUGUGUAGAGUGGGGAAAAAAGGUUUCUAACUUUCUUCACCUCUUCAGUUCUCUCUCUUUCUUGCCCUAGCUGACCGAACAGACAGGUUGGUAACUGCAGCAUACCACGGGGCUAAUCAGCCUCUCAGUCAGUGUAAUUCUUCAGUGUCUGCUCUGUACAAUAACUUCAGUCCUGUACUUAUUUAGUGGUAAGUUAGACCUCUGUAACUACUCCUGCUGUCUUAAAAAUAUGUGUUCUUAUCAGUAUUAAAAUAGUACAAGAGCAGAACUGUUGCUUUAGGCACAUUUCUUGCCACUGUGUUGGCUAAUGAACCUUGAAUGAAAGUAAGUGGGCCAGUGACUUUGAAAUAGGAGCUGUUAGCCAAGUGUUGUAGAAUCGUAGUCCUUAUUUAUUUUGUAUGCUAAUCUGCACUUGUGACCCUGAGCAGAAAAGCUGCAGUACAGCAGGUUUUAUAAGCUGUGGCUUAACCAGCUACCUAGUAUCUUAAAACUCUUAUUUAAGCUGACAGGUUUUGUGCACAGGUCAGAAACCUGUUGUCAUUGAUCAUUAAAUGCUAUGCAUAUUGUACGUUCAUUUACAUGGAUUGUUUUAAUAGUGCUUGUGUGUAUUAUGCUACAUUACCGUAUUUUUUAUAAAUAUAUAUGUAUGUAUGUAUUGCAUGAGGUUUAAUUGUUGAGGUUUUUUUUGUAUUGUCACUUUUGUAUUCACACAGUGCCUCAUGUAUCUAUUUGCAUAUUGCAAGAAGAAGUUUCAAAGCAGUGAUUGGAAACAGAUGGGGAUAAGAACUCUCCACUGUAGGAUCUGAUGUUUCUGAAGUAUUAAUAAAGU